UAAUUUAUUGGUGGUUCUGUUAUUACUCUGCUUUUUAUUAUACGGCUGAAUGAAAAAAAUAUUAAAUAAUAUUGAUUUUACAGUUAUAUUCAUAAAUUUAGUACUUAGAAUUAAAGUUGCUAUUUGGUGUCAUUAAGUUAAAAUAGCUUCUCAACAAUUUCAUCCUAUAUUUUAUGAUAAUUCAUUGUCAUUCAUUCAAUUUUUGAACUAUGCAAAUAAAAGAUCCAGAACGUUUCAAAACUUGGCUAACAGCUGUCUUAGGUCCUAUAUGUGAAGCUGAACCAGCAGCAUUAGCUAAAUACAUAUUUGCCUUAUUAAAACGAGAUCGUCCUAAAGAUGAAUUACAAAAGUUUCUUUUGUCUCAAUUAGAUGAGUUCUUAAGCGAUGAAACAGAAAAUUUUACUUCUCUACUUGUUGAAACUUUACAAAAUGAAUCGUAUCUCAAUGAUCCAAUCGAAGUAAAAUCUGAAACUGCUGUUACGUCAUCUGGAGAAAAGUCUGAUACUGGUGACAAAGUCGACGAUAAAAAUAAAGAAGAAGAAAAAAUAAGGUCACGAUCUCGGUCAGUUGUACGUUCUAGAUCACCUAGGAGUAAAGACUUGAAAUAUAAUAAGUCUAAAAGAUAUCGACGUGAUGAUCAUUCUAGUGAUGAAGACGAAGAAAGAGAAUCUUAUCGUAAAUACCGUUAUCAUGGAAGAUCAUGGUCACCUAGACGUUCAAAAUCUCCUAAGUUUAAACGCAGAUUUAGAUCUCCAAAAAAUCGUUCACGUUCUAGAUCAGCAUCUCUUGAACGUCUUAAAAAACCUAAAGAAGAUAUUUUUGCUGAAUUUAAAAAAACUGAAGGAAUUGAGAAAAAAACAUUAGGUCGAUGUGUUGAUUUUGAUGAAAAAGGAUAUUGUAUGAAAGGAGACUUAUGUGUCUAUGAUCAUGGUAAAGAUCCUGUUGUGUUAGCCAAUGGUGUUCUUAGUUUCCAAAAUGCUGGUACCUCAUUUAAUAAUCCAAUAAAUCCCUCUUUUCCUGUUGUCCCUAUGGUUCCAAAUGUUGUACCUGUACAACCUUAUCCACCUACACAAAAUCAAAGAAUGUACUAUCCUUCUACUGAAGGAUCUUAUUGGGUUCGAGGUGGUGGUGAUCAAAAAUUUUCCAACCAGAAAAGAGAGUUAGUUAGUGUACCAACUGGUGAAAAUCCCAACCGUUUCAAACGAAAAAAUAAUUUCAAAAAAGAAGAUAACAUAAAUAACAAUAAAAAGCCAAAAUUUGAUUAUAGAAGACUUGGUCCUAAAGUUUCAUCUAAUGAAGUACAGCUAAAAAAUGUGCCAGAAAAUUUAAACAACAUUAGUAGUUUAAAUAAUAGCUUUAUGAAGUUUGGUAAAAUUACCAAUAUACAAACAAGUAGUGAAAAUAAAGAAGCUACAAUUACAUUCUCCACUAUUCAAGAGGCACAUAAAGCUUAUCAAAAUAUUGAAACUGUUUUUGGCACACUUCCUAUUACAGCAAAUUGGUUUUCUGAUAACACAGAAAUAAAGCCAAUAGAAGAAAAAAAUAUUACACCUCAGAAAUCCAAAACUCUAUCCUUAGACAAUAGAAUUACUAUAACUCCAGCACGAUUAUCUAAUGAAACCGAAGCACAGGUUAUUAAGUCAUCACUAAUUAAAAAGCAUGAGGAGGCUAAAAAGCUUGCACAAGACUUUUCAGCUGCUAUUACUAAAAGAAAACAAGAAUUAUUGGACAAACAACUUGAACAAUUAAAUAAAUUAUUAGAAGCUGCUCCUAAUGUUAAAGGAGAACAAAAACAAAUACUAAUGGCAACGAUUAACCAGCUGAAAAAUAAUAUUGAAAAUAUCCAAGCAGACUUAGCUUCUGCUGUUAAAAAAUCAACUGAUCCUAUUAAUAAAGAUUUUAAAGUCAUACCAAAUGUUGUCCCAAAAAUUCCAACUAAAGAAGACAAAUUGUUAGAAUCCAAACAAGAAGCUUUGAAAAAUUUAUUAAUAACUGAUCUUGAUUUAUUUAUUAAACAACAACAGGGUAAUAGUGAUGAAAAAGAAAUAUUAGAAUUGAAAAAAAAUGUUAUUAUUUUAAAAAAUAAACUGAAAGCUCUAGGAAUUUCUACUUCUUCAGGAACUGCUAAAACUGCUCAUCAAAUGAAAGAAAAACUGUCAAUUGCGAAUAAAUUAUUAGAAGCCAAGAAUAAAGUAAGAGAAACAAAAUCUACUAGUAUAUCAGUAGACCACAGACCAACUCAGCUACUAGUAUCUGGUUAUGAAGCUGAUGAUGAGGAUCAAGUCGUGACUCACUUUUUACAAUUUGGUAAUAUUGUAGAAUACAUAUCAGAUACUAUAAUUCCUGCCUUAGUUAUCAAAUAUGAAACAAGAAAGGAUGCUGAAACAGCACAGAUAAAAGGAAAAUUAUUUCAAGAUAGGAGGUUGUCUGUUACUUGGUAUAAUCCUCAACAUGAUUUUGUUGAUACUUCUAAUAUUAAAGCAGGGCCAUGUAUGGAUGCCCAGUUAAUUGAAAACUCACCAGCAAAAAACUUAGAUGAUAAAGAUUAAGAUUACAUUUUUUUAUUUUGUUGACAAUUAUUUUUAGUGUUUGAUUAUGUACACCUUGG